CGCACUUCGGAGAACUGGUGCGUUUGGGACCAGGGAGGGAUCGGAGGAUCGAUUUUGAGGUGCCGUAGUCUCAAUUUGCCCUGUUCCGAAGAGUGCAGCGCGGGAGAUGUCCGUGGAGCAUCGUAUCGGUACAUUUUUGUUCCCCCGAAAGCAUCGACCCCCAAUCGCGCAUUUCUCGACGACUGGUGGCUGGGUGCCCCAACCUGCUCAGGGACGGGGGUGGUCCCCUCGUGGGCCCAUCGCCGAUCCAUCGGCGAUGCAUCGUCGGUUCCAGGUUCCAGGUCAGUGCUUCCCCCCAACAAAUCUGCUCCCCUCAGGUUGGUGGGAUCUGGCUGAUGUCGAUGCUGCGGAUAUCGACUAGACGUACGACUGACCUUCGCCGGAGUGACCUUUGGUUCGGUCCAACUGGGGUCCCUGGAUCGCUGAGGGCGAUGCGAUAGUAGCGGCUUGCGCGUUUGGGCUUACCCCCCCUGCCGUCCCCCUAGCGCCGCACACCAGAGGUCACUCUUGCCUAGGGCCACUCUUGCGUGUAGCCGAGGGUAGCUCGACGGAUCUGGGAUGUCUGGGAACGGUGCUGAUGUCUCACCGCGCCGCGAUGCCGCCGAGUCUCGGGGGCGACAUCUCACAGCGGCCGCCAGGCAGUAUUCAGUCCGUGGCGGCAAUCAUGCAGCGUGGCAUUUGCGCCUUCGACGUGGAUGUCUUCCGCACUGCGGACGACGUCCUGGUGGUCGGACACCCGUCAGAGGUGCGGGAGCGCUUGUCGCUCAGCACGCCGCCGACCGCGCUGACGCUCUCCGAGCUUCACACGCUCGACGGCGGCAGCACGGCCACGGUGCUCGAGCUCCUACAGGCCAUCCGACAGCUCGCGCCGGCCGCAGGGCCUUGCAGCAGGACGCCCGAGCUGACGGGUGAUAAGGGCAACGGGGCGUCCUCCGGCGACGCAAGCUCUGCCGAGGGCGAGGUGGCGCUCGCAGCAGCAGCGGCGGCCGGGCAGGAGACCGCGAAGACGAAGAGGGCGAGCAGCGCGAAGAAGACGCCGCUGCGGCUGCUGCUGGAGCCGAAGGGCGACGCCGCCAGCGUCGAGACUGUGCGAGCGAUCGCGGCGGCCGCGCGCGCUGCGGGGCUGAGCGCGGACGAGGUGGGCGUCUGGGUCUCGCGGCCCGAGCUCGCGGCCGCGGCGGCGGCGACGGGCGCCCUCGCGCCCGCGCUGGCCAUCAAGGCGCGCGCGCUGCCGCAGGGCCUGCUGGCGCCCGCCGGGGACGUCUGGGCCGCCGUCGGCCCUGCCGCGGAUUUCCCGGAGCUGCUCAGCUUCGCGGACUCCGUACGCGGGCGCGGCCAGAUCGUGCUCGCAUGGGGCGUCGAUACGAGGAGGACCUCGUCGCCGCACUGAGCGCUUCCGCCGAGGGCAUCAUCAGCAACGAGCCCUUUCGCAUGGCCGAGCUCCUGGCCUCCGCCUGCCCUGGCUGGGCAGCCUGAGGCAAGACUGGGCAGCGUCGUGGUGUUGCGGGUGAAGUUGCAGGGCCGCUCCAGUGGUCCCCGCGCUGGGCCAGACUGUCCACGCCACACUGUGACCGGCGAGCACGGCGCGCGGGAGGCGGUCGACAGCAGCGGUACUCUGUGGGAACGCGGGCUUCCAGGGAGAUUGGCAGCGAGCAGCGCGUCGUACGCAGGCGCACCGACGGGGUCCUCCUUGGCAAACAAUCAGCCGCCCGUCAGUUCCACAUGUCUCCGCACGGGGCACGCUCUCUCACGACAAGGCGGACGCGUCGGCGGUGGUGGCCUGCUCACGGAGAUUCACGUUCGAAUGUGCAUAGGACUGGCUGAUCGAGCAGGCGUAGCGGGAUGGCCAUCGCUCGGGGCCGUUCAAUGCCGAGGGCCACGCGGCAAGACACAGGAUUUGAGCGGUAAAAGGAUG